AGAACCGUCGGCGCGACUAGUUGCUUGUGAUCGCGUCUAUAAGUAAUAUCUACUACAUUUGCUGUAAGCUUGCGAAAUAAAAUAUGGUUAAAGCAAAAGUGUAUAUUUAUGCAAACGCUUUUGAUGGGUUUCCAAAAGCAGGAGAUUUAGAAAUUGUUGAGGAGGAGUUAAAACCAAUUAAGGAUGGAGAAUUCCUUGCUGAAGCUGAAUUCUUGAGCGUGGAUCCGUAUAUGAGAGGAUAUGCACCGGCAUUUAAAAUCGGAACACCUAUAAUAGGAGGGCAAAUUGCGCUAAUUCAAGAAAGCAAAAACCCAAACUUUCCAGUGGGGAAAUAUAUCUUUGGGCAAUUUGGAUGGCGUACACAUACAGUAUCCAAUGGGCUUCCUAAUCCAAAAGACGCCAUGUCUCAGUAUGUCUUACCAGAUUUUAAAGGUCUUUCUCCAUCAUUGGGACUUGGCGUUCUUGGAAUGCCUGGAAACACUGCAUAUUUUGGAUUGUUAGAAAUAUGCCAUCCAAAGCAAGGUGAAACAGUAGUGAUUUCAGGAGCUGCUGGUGCAGUGGGAAGUCACGUUGGGCAAAUUGCAAAAUUAAAAGGCUGUAAAGUUAUAGGAAUUGCAGGUUCCGAUGAUAAGGGCAAGAUGCUUAUCGAUGAUCUAAAGUUUGAUGGUUUUGUUAACUACAAGGAUAAAGACUUUCGGAAAGUAUUAAGACAGACGACGCCCAAUGGUAUCGAUUGUUAUUUUGAUAAUGUUGGAGGUGAAAUAAGUUCUACAGUAAUCAGUCAAAUGAACCUUUUUGGCCGAAUAUCAGUAUGCGGAGCAAUAUCAGCUUAUAAUGAAAAGAAUCCAAAAGCUAGUGUAAUCCAAGGACCCUUAACGAUGAAGCAACUAAAAAUGGAAGGAUUUAUUGUGACAAGAUGGUACGACAGGUGGAUGGAAGGCAUAAAUCAAAACCUUGACUGGGUUAAAGAAGGAAAAAUAAAAUACAGGGAAACCGUUACAGUUGGAUUUGAAAACAUGUUUCAGGCAUUCACUGAUAUGUUGAAAGGUGUAAAUUAUGGAAAAGCUAUUGUGAGAGUUAAAUCUAUAGUUAAAUAAAUUUGGUUAUAGGAAAUGUGAAAACCAAUGAAUACAAUUUAUACAAUAUCAA